AUGGAAGAGGUGUGGAAAGACAUAAAUCUUGCUACCUUAAAUGACCAAGUCACACGCUCCGCAACAACGCACUCCAACUUGGGAGGAGUAAUCCUCCAAGACUUUCUCGCUCGACCCUUCACCAUGGAUCCACCAAACACCAUUCUUUCCUCUCAAACUCCCUCCCUCUACGGCGCCCCCUCCUCACCGGCACCACCACUCCUCACGGCUCUCAGCCUGAGCUCACACCCCCACCUCCAUUUCGACCCUCACACUCAAAAACCCUCACAUCCCCACCACCCUCCUCCACCUUCCAACCACUCUUGCUUCACCACCCCAACCACCGCCUCCUUAGGCGCCAAAAGAUUCGCAGAACCCGAUUGCAACCUCGGAGACAGAAGAAACAAGCGCAUGAUCAAGAACCGCGAGUCCGCUGCACGAUCGCGAGCCAGGAAACAGGAAAAAUUUAGCUUCACCUUUUCGCUCUCCUUAAUUUUUCCGACCGUGGGAUUUAAGUCCCACAAUUCUAGGUUUAACUGA